AUGGAAUGGAGUUACUGUUAUGAUUGGUCCCAUUUAGCGAAGAUCGAGCUUCCCGGGAAGAAUUUGUCUGGAAAAAUUUCAGAGAAGAUUUUCCAGUUGCCAUAUAUUCGAAAUAUUGAUCUUUCCAGCAACCAGUUCGUUGGGGAAAUUCCAGGGAAUUUGUUGUCGUGUUUAUCGCUCAGGAAUCUCAAUCUAAGCAAUAAUAAUUUGACCGGUCCAAUUCCAGGAGGCAUAUCCCAUCCACUUUUUGAAACAUUGGAUCUCUCCAACACUAUGCUUUCAGGAAAAAUCCCAGAAGAAAUUGGACUUUUUUCAGGCCUUAAAGUUCUUGAUUUUGGUGGGAACAUUUUGACGGCAAAAAUUCCGAAGUCCAUUACAAAUAUGACAAAAUUAGAGGUCUUGACUUUGGCUUCAAAUCAACUGACUGGGGAAAUUCCAGGAGAAUUAGGGUUCAUGAAGAGUUUGAGAUGGAUUUAUUUGGGAUAUAACAAUUUCUCUGGUGGAAUUCCCAAGGAAAUUGGUGAAUUAACUUCCUUGAAUCAUCUUGAUCUUAUUAGGGAUAGUCGCCAAAGCCAAUGGUACACUACUCAUAUUGUUUUCUAUGACAACCAACCCAAUUCCGCCAUCGAUCAUGGACUGGAGGCAAAGGUUUUGAAUUCUCUACCACUGCUUGCUUAUUCCUUUGAGACUCAUCCGGAGGAUCUUAAAGUGGAAUUAAGAAAAGAUGGUGAAGAAGAAGCAAAUGGGUGUUUCACUCUCUGUUUCUGGAUUUACAUUCAUAACUGUGCUUCUUUUCCCUCUGUAAUUCUUCAACAGAAGCACCCAGAAAUUGCAUCCAGUGCCCCUUUCCUUUGGUUGAAUGAAAAGAAGAAAAUGAUGCUUUUCCCAUUGUAUUUUCUGCACCAAGAGGCUCUAGAUCCUGAUAAUAUGGUUCCAUGGAUGGAAGUUCCAGGUGCCUUUACUGAGAUGGAGUUCCCAGAGAAGAAAUGGGUUCAUGUUGGAUGUGAGGUCUUGUCAGAUAUUCUGCGGCUUCACGUGGAUGGAGAGAUUGUGGGAGAGAAGCAUGUAACUUGCUCCCUUAACAAGGAUACGCAUCCAAAUGCUCUGGAAAGAAUGUAUUCGGUAAGGAUCGGUGGAAAUGAGGAUGGAUUCCAGGCUUACGUUUAUGGAAUGGAUGUCUUGUCUCCGUCAUCACCUGUUGAACAUCACUAUGUGAAGGAUCCGCCGGUGCAACUAGCUGUUGACCAUUCUAGUGCAUCUGAAAUAGAAGAAGACAGUGAUGGUGCUUGGAGCAUCGUUGGCGGCAAGGCAUCUUGUCGCAGGAUCUUUUCUAUGGAUGUUAUUUUAUUGGAUGCUUUUGGCCAUCGAGUGAACAAAGAAUUGGAGGUUGUUGCUUCCCUUUGUUAUGCCGACAAUGAGGCUCCUGUUGAGAACACAACUGAUUCAGAAGCUCCCCUUCUCACGAGCUGUGAUGGAAUUGAAUUUUCUUCUCAAGAUAGACCAUGUAAAUUAACCAGUGGACGUGCUUCCUUUAAGCUCAAGAUAUCUCAGCUUUCCUCUAAGUGUGACAACAGGCUGUUCCGCAUCAGGUUUGACAUUCCAAAGAUGGGUAGAUAUCCUUUUUUCGAGACUCUUUCCUUUCCAAUUCGUUGUGUUUCACGUAGUCGCAAUGCACGGACGACCUCUACACCAUGGAGAAAAGCUUCCUCUGGAAUUUAUUUACUCAAUGGAUCCCAAUCCCAUGAUCUUGAUGAUGGACCUCUGGCACAUCUCCCUAGUAUUGUACGUGAAGCAAAACCUAGUCCAUCAUCUAAGCGGAUCAAAUUAGGAAAGGAUAAACCAUUCACAACUUUUGAAAAUAAUCUCCCACUGAAGCAAGCUGGCAAGGAGAGCAAUUCUCAUGUUUGGAUCACUAAUGAGGACAAUAACAUAUAUGGGGGAACUAUGGACUGGAGACCGGAAAACUAUGACAGAGCUGACAACUGCUCAGCUGCUUCUGAUAGUAGUGAAGAAACAAAUUCAGAUCCAAAGAGCAUGCCGAGCACUAGUCGAAUUUCAGAUUUGAUUGUCUUUAAAUACUGCCUUGGAGGUCCAACUGAGAGGUCUGACCUGCUCAAGGAAAUUGCGAUUUCAGCUAGUGAAGAAGACCUUGCAAAAUUUUCCCACCAGGUUUCUCUCUUUUCUGGAUGUUCCCAUCACAGGCGUCAAAUAAUAAUUGCAAAGAGAUUGGUAGAGGAGGGAAUGCAAGCUUGGACUUCAGUAUCACAGAGCAACCAUCAUGUGCUUUGGGAGAAUCUGGUUUUUGGUAUUAAUGAAUGCUUCAUGAAGAUAACGGGCUGUUCUCGACCUCUGAUAUAUCAGGACUUCGAGUGUCUGAGGAGAAUUGCUGGAUGCCAAGAUUUGGUUUCCCAAGAAAACUUUGAGAAAAUGUGGUGUUGGUUAUACCCAGUAGCUUUUACUUUAUCAACAACUUCAGUAAAUGCCAUGUGGAGUUCGCUGUUACCCAAAUGGAUGGAAGGAUUUAUUACGAAGGAAGAAGCAGAGUCUGCACUUCAAGGUCCCGGAGGUCUUCAAGAUCCUGGAACAUUUGUAUUGCGAUUCCCCACUUCAAGAAGCUGGCCUCAUCCAGAUGCUGGUAGUCUGGUCGUGACGUAUAUUGGUAGUGACUAUACUAUCCACCACAGGCUGCUAUCCCUCGAUUUCAUUGACGGUUCUGGUGCCAAAGAAAUGCCCACAAAACCACUACAGGAUAUGCUGCUUGAAGAACCUCAGCUAUCUCGAUUGGGAAGGGUUUCACGAAGCACCAAGUCAUUCAAGAAUUCUUGUUCAGGACGGGAAGAGACCAUGAACAAAGCUGUAAUAUAA